AUGGCCCUUGGCAGCGAGAGCACUGCUGAUGAAGCAGUUGAGCCUGACGAGGAAGUUGCAGACUUUCCAGAAAGUGGGGUUCUUUGUGUGCAUGCUUAUGGACGCUUGGAAGAGGUUCAUGUUCAGCCUUUGACACUGAAGAAGCUGCGGCAAGCCGCCAAAGAUGCCUUCGAUUUGCCAGAUACGGAGAUCUUGUUGAAAGGACCUGAUGGCUCCUGUGCAGAAUCUGACGAGAUGCUGAAAAAUCUGGCAUCAGUGUACUUGGAGCUGCCGGAUGGUGGACUUCAUGACCUCGAGCAGCGGAUUGAUCAGCUGCAACACUUGCAGGUGAGCCACGUUUGCGACCGCCUUGCAACCUUGGCUGACGAACAGGUGAGCCACCAGGCCUCCAUUGCAGGCCUAACGGAUGCGUUGAUCGAAGAGCAGGCCUUCCGUCAAGAAUUUGAAGAAGCCGUGCGGGCGGAGAUCAAGCACGAGUGUGAUGGAGUGUCACUUCACCUGAAGAAACGCAUGGACCAGCUGGAGAUCAAGCUGCGAGAGCACGUAGAUGAUGCGCUGCAUUCCUUAGAAUCGAGAGUGUCUCAGGACUUUCAGGACCUCUGGCAAUGGACAAGUGAUGAGUGCCGUCAGUCUACUGAUCGGCUGAAAGAUUUGGAACAGCGAGUGAUUUGCUCCAGCGCAACUGCCCGAGAAGCCUCUGCGAGCAUUACUGCAUUGCGGUCUUCGCGCCUGGAGGUUGGCAGCACAGUGAAAGAAUGCCUGGAGGGGCAAGCAAAACUUUCCGCACGCAUUGACGACCUUUGCGACGGUUUGGUGAAAGAGGUGCAGGACCGAAUGUCAGAGGCUCGGCGAUUGCAGUCUGAGCUUUCAAAGCGAGAUGAGCGGACUGAGUCCCUGAGAGACUUCGGGCAGGAGCUUCAUGCAGCAAUGACCACCUUGCGCUCGCAGCCAGAGGCCGAGGGUGGCGUGGCCCUACGCACUUGCGAAAAGCUGCAGCGGCUUGCAGACGAGUCUAUGCAGCUGGAACGUCGUUUCAGUGAUUUGUCCCAACAAGUUGAAGAAGGGCGCGAUAGCCAGCGCAAAUUACAGCAGGGUCUGGAAGAUGAGAGCGCCGCAAGGAUUGCAGCGGAGGCAAGGCUUGGAGAAGAAUUAUCGGUACAGUCCCAAAGUCUCCUAGCUUUGGAACAUGUGCUACAAGAUUUGGCCCAACAGCGGCGGGACACCUUGGACGGUUUGGGGAGGCUGCAGAGCAGUUCUCAUCGCGAGGAUGAGCAGCCGGAGUCCUCCAAGACAGAAAGCCUGGGGUCAGAUGCAGCACAGGCCGAUGCGAUCAUGCAGCUUAGAGAGGAGUGUCUUGAAUCCAUUCAACGUGAGGUGCGCUCACGACUACAGGACUCGGCGAAGCUGCGCCAGUCCCUUGAGAUGGAAAGCAAAGCUCGCAAGGAGGCCUUCGGUAUGAUCCAGCGUGCUGUGAGCCAAUGUGGAACAUGA